AUUACUUCCAUUAACCUCAAACACGCCAACCAGUUUCACUCUAGAUUAAGUCGAUCUCAUCAGAUUCUUCACCAAAAAUGGCUGCGAAAAGAUUGUUCAAUGAUUCUGAACGAGACCCUGAUGAGCCAGACGACAAACGGAUAAGAAAUAACACUACCACACCUUCUUUUGCUUCUGUAAUAGGAGAAGUAGUCAUGAUAAAGAACUUUGAGAAUCUUUUCACUGCAAUGGAACCUGUGCUUAAAAGAGUGGUGGGUGAGGAAGUUGAACGAGUUAUGAGACAGUGGUCACGCUCCUUUACCAGGUCUCCUUCGUUGAGACUCCAAGCAAUGGAGCAGCCAUCAAGCUUGCAAUUAUGCUUCAGCAAGAGGCUUUUCCUUCCAAUUUUCACAGGUAGCAGGAUUCUUGACGUUGAUGAGAACCCCAUCAACAUAGUUCUGAUGGACAGAAGCAACAACAACGAAAUGGUCCCCACAAGUCUCCCACAUGCCAUCAAGCUCGAGAUUCUGGUUAUUGAUGGAGAUUUUUCUCCUUCUGAGGAUUGGACGAGUGAUGAAUUUAACAGACACAUAGUGAAGGAAAGACAUGGGAAGCGACCUUUACUUGCAGGAGAAUUGAACUUGAUCAUGCGAGAUGGAGUUGCACCAACUGGGGAAAUGGAAUUCACAGAUAACUCUAGUUGGAUCCGCUGCAGGAAGUUCAGAGUUGCAGUGAGGGUAGCACCAGGGAGUAACCAAGGAGUUCGAAUUCGUGAAGGAAUGACUGAAGCAUUUAUGGUCAAGGAUCACCGUGGAGAAUUGUACAAAAAACACUACCCUCCAAUGCUUGAUGACGAAGUGUGGCGCCUGGAAAAGAUAGGUAAAGAUGGAGCUUUCAACAAAAAGUUGUCUUCGCAGGGCAUAAAAACAGUUCAAGAAUUUCUUAAACUAGCAGUCGUUGACACUCUCAAGCUAAGAAAUAUUUUGGGCGUGGGGAUGUCAGACAAAAUGUGGGAAGUGACAAUCAAGCAUGCAAUGACUUGUGACAUAGGGAGCAAGUUGUACAUUUAUCGUGGACCACAGUUUACUCUUUUUCUGGAUCCAAUAUGCAGAUUAAUUAGAGCAGACAUCAGUGGACAGACAUUUUCCAACAGAGAUCAAAUCUCCCAAUUGAAUAAGACCUAUGUAGACAAAUUGGUGAGAGAUGCAUACGCGAGAUGGCCUAGCUUGGAGGUGAUAGAUGCGGUUCUGAACGAUAACAUUGCUGUGUUAACCCAAGGUGAUCAAACUGCUGUCUCAGUAGCCACAUAUGAUCAGAAUGAGUAUUACAGUGGCCAAUCUGCAAGCUAUGUUGCAAAUAACAACACGCAAAUGGGAAGCAGCGAGUGGUCACUGUAUCAAGCCUACAGCACAUUGCCGUUUGCUAAUGGUUUUCCUUCUAAUUUCUCAGCAACACAAACAGAUGGAGACAUGACCGCUUCAGGUUCAAGCUCUGGAUGUUGAUGAGGCCACAACAAGGCAGAACUAAGUGCAUCAAAAGUUGCAGCACAUAUGUACAGUAUAUAUAUCUCUAUAUAUGUAGGCAGCUACUUACAACUAUGUAUAAGAUGUUUGUGUAAUUCAUGAAACUUAUACAUGCUUGUAAGUAGUGAUUCCUGAAUAAUGUGUCCUCGCGACAAAAAAAAAGGUAUAAGUAGCAUCAAUAGUAAAGUAUUUUGAG